AUGCCAUUCCUUCCGGCUGCCGGCAGUCCGGCGCACAUCGCAGUAUUAUCGACGUGGAUGCGUGUCUGCGACGAUACGCAUGACUGCAGCCCAACAUCAGACGACACCUUUCUUCCAACACGAGUUAUCGAUGUCAGAUCUGAAGGCUCUGAAUCAUGCCGAUUGCUUUGCGCGGAUCGUGGGCAAACGAACCCGGGAAAAUAUCUCGCACUAUCGCAUCGAUGGGGGGCCCCGGACCAACACAGGAAAUUCUGCACUCUGAAGGAAAAUCUGGGAAGCUUCAAAGAGGAGAUCAAGAUUACGGAGCUCCCUCAGACCUUUCAAGAUGCCAUCAAAGUCACACGAAGCCUUGGUAUUGAGUAUCUUUGGAUCGGUUCGCUCUGCAUCGUCCAAGAUGAUCCUCGAGACUGGGAGAGGGAAUCUCGGUUGAUGGAACAGGUUUACAGUUCAGCCUACGCGACUCUAGCAGCUAGCUGCGCAAGCGGUACCGAGGACGGCUUUUUGAGAUCUCGUCCGGAUAGAUAUUGUGUUACAUUAGAGUCUGACAGGUGCUCUUACUACGUCUGCGCCUCUAUCGAUGAGUUUGGGCGUGAUGUUGAGCAGGGAGAGUUGAACAAGCGGGCUUGGAUUCUGCAAGAACGAGCUCUGUCCCGUCGCACAAUCUAUUUCUCAGAGAAUCAGACGUACUGGGAAUGUGGAAGGGGUGUACGGUGUGAAACUAUGACGAAGAUGAGAAACCGAAAAGCCUCAUUUCUGGGAGACUCAGACUUUCCCCACUCCAUUGACACCUACGUACGCGGAAUGAAGAUUGAGCUUUACCAAGAUCUCUACCAGAAAUACUCGGGGUUAGCGCUUAGCAAUAUUGGUGACAGGCCAGUUGCCAUUCGCGGGCUUGAAACGCGUCUCAUCCGCACUUUCAAAACUGUUGGCGCUCAUGGAGUUUUUGAUACCUUUUUUCAUCGAUGUCUGCUGUGGCAAAGAGCAAGCCGAUGCCUAAGUCGGAUCGAUUCAGGACUACUUAGGGGAGUUUAUGUUCCAUCAUGGUCAUGGAUGGCUUACGAAGGUGAGAUUAGGUACAUGAAUGUUCCCUUCAACAAGUAUGCUUGGGAAGCGGACAUCAUCUCGCCCUUUCGGGCUUGGCCAGAUCAAAGCAUGAAGGAGAGAGGUGAAAGAGAGGGCGCAUGCGAGAUCAAGGCGCCUGUAUGGGAAUUCCAGGGCUCUAAUGGCCUUCUUCUGGAGCUCGACAAUCCAGAUAGAAUGCUCUCGAACCUCAAGUGUGUCAUUGUGGCGAGGAGGAAGGACUUACAAGGCAACCCUCAACAGUCACACUACAUCAUUGUUGUGGAGUUUGUAGAAAUUGACGGAGUCAGUGAGGUGUAUGAGAGAGCUGGUGUUGCGGAGGUUAGAGGAGAGCAGAUUGCAUUCAACAAGGGAAGUCGGAGCGGCGUUCUUAGGUGA